AUGCCAAAAGGUUUGGGGGAAUAUAAAUGGGAAGUUGGAACUUAUUUCACUAACAAAAAGGAAUUCACUGAUGCUAUUAGGACAUAUGCUCUUAGUAAUGGCAAAAAUCUAAAAUUGAUUAAGAAUGACAAGAAGAGGGUUGUUGUGAAAUGUUUGGGGGCAAAUGGUAAAUGCAAUUGGUAUGCUUAUUGUGCGUAUAUGUGUCUUGACAAGUCCUGGCAGUUAAGAAAAAUUAUUGAUGAUCACACGUGUAGUAGAGAUUUCAAUGUGAAGCUCAUAACUACCAAAUGGUUGAGUGAAAAGAUGGAAAAAACUGUCAGAGAGAACCCUAAUAUGAAGGUGAUGGACAUUAGGGAAAAACUUAGUAGGAAAUGGAAUGUAUCAAUCUCAAAAAACAUGGCUUUUAGAGCAAGAAUGAUGGCAAAAUAUAGUGUUGAGGGGUCAUUUAAAGAACAAUUCAGAAGGCUCCACGAUUAUGGUCAUGAGGUGCUUAAAAGGAAUCCAAGUUCAACAGUCCAAAUAAAGGUUGAAAACAUUAAUGAGGAGUGUAUUUUUAAGAGAAUUUAUAUAUGCUUGAAUGCUUGCAAACAAAGCUUCAUUAGUUGCAGACCCAUCAUUGGGUUAGAUGGAUGUUUUUUGAAAGGAAAGUAUGGAGGGGAGUUGCUAACAGCUGUUGGAAGAGAUGGAAAUGAACAAAUUCUUCCCAUUGCAUAUGUUGUUGUCGAGGUUGAAAACAAGGACUCCUGGACUUGGUUCUUGGAACUUCUCAUUGAGGACCUUGGAGGGGUUGAUGUAGCUUCAUCAUGCACCUUCAUUUCUAACCAGCAAAAGGGUCUUCUGAAUGCUUUUCGAGAUCUUCUACCUAAUGUAGACCAAAGAUAUUGUGUUAGACAUUUGUAUUCUAACUUCAGAAAGCAAUNUCCUGGGAAGGACCUUAAAAGGCUCAUGUGGAGUGCUGCAACANCCUCAUAUCCUGANUUAUGGGAGAGUGAAAUGAGAAAAAUUAAGGAGGUGAAUUUGGAGGCAUAUAAAUAUUUGAUUGCAAUUCCUCCUAGGUAUUGGUCAAGAUCUAGAUUCACUCAAUCAGCACAUUGUGACACUCUAGUCAACAACAUGUGUGAGGGCUUCAACAGUGUGCUACUUCACAGUAGGUGUAAGCCAAUUAUAUCCAUGUUAGAAGACAUUAGGGUUUAUAUUAUGAAGAGAUGNGCUAGCAACAGGAAUAAGAUGGCCUUAUANCAAGGUUCUGUUUGCCCUAAGGUACUCAACAGAUUUCAAAAGCAAUCAUGGCUAACAAGAUAUUGGUUACCAAGGUGGUCAUCAGAACAAUUAUUUGAAGUGAUUCACAUUUCACAAUUUGGAGAGCAAUUUGUUGUCAACCUUGACAACAAAGACUGCAGUUGUAGAGGAUGGUUAAUCAGUGGCAUUCCUUGCACUCAUGCCAUCACUGCUAUGAAGUUCUUGAACAUAAAUGCAGAACAACAUAUUGCCCAUUGGUUUAUGAAGUCUGCUUAUGAAGAGACUUAUAACAGCAUCAUAUAUCCUAUCAACGGGCAACAUGUGUGGGAGAUUACACCUUAUCCUGAUAUACUACCUCCACAAAAAAGGGCAAUGCCAGGACGUCCCAAGAAAAAAAGAAGACUACAAGCUUGGGAGUUGAAGAAGAAUGACUCCGAAUUAAGAAAGGGUGGUACAAAAAAGACUUGUGCUGUCUGCAAAGAAUUGGGACACAACAAAAAGACUUGUCCACAACGACCUAUGCCUUCAUCACAUGUCCCUGUUGACCAACCAACUCAGGAAUCCACUGUCACAAACGUUCCUGCUGACCAGCCAACUCAGGAGUCUAUUGUCCUACCAUCUCAUGAAUGA